AAGAAUUGUAAUGGCUCAUAUUGAAAAUUUGUAAUUUUGGACACCGAAUAUGUUGCAUAAUUGACACCAAACUUUAAUUGCUCUGUAAUCAGAGUAAUUAUAUAUUCAUGACUGCGAAUUUGAAAAUUUUAGAAAGUGUAUACACUCUUUCUAAUGACUGGCCUAAUGACCGAAAUUAAUUAUGUAAACAUUCUUCUCAUUGUUGUACGCAAAAUUUGUGAUUUUAGAGAGCAAAUAUGCUUAUAAUUAAUACUAAACUUUAAUUUCUUUGUAAUUACGUCUUCCACAACCAUUAAGUACCUGAAAUAUUGAUAAUCGACAUUCGAAAAUGCUAUAAAAGCCAGUAAUAAGUAUUGUCCAAUCAUUUGUAUUGUGUGUUUCGUGACGGCUCGUUUAGUCAUCUCGUAUUGAUAGCAAUGGCGGACCACGUUUUAUCAAAGCGAAAUAAGAACAAACUUGUCCAUGAAAACCACAUUUACGUUUUCUCCAAAAAAACAAAAAAUGGAGAACAUGGGAUAUGGGUGCGCGAACUCCGAUCAAGCUGCAAGGGUCGAGUAUGGACAAACGGAAAAGAUGGUGAAGUGGUGAAAACAGUUACGCAUCAUAACCAUGCAGCACAAGCUGCCAGGCCAGCAGCCAUUCGAUUGGUUACGACGGUAAAGGAGCGUGCCGCAACGACACAGGAGAGCCCACAUCAAAUUAUAGCAAAUGUCAUCCCACAAGCUCACGCAGAUGUUGCUGCAAUCAUGCCAAAAAAGGAUGCAUUGAAGAAAACGAUCCGCAGAGCCAGACGAGAUGAAGAAGCACCUGCGCUUCCAAGAAAUAUGCAAGAAUUGGUGAUUCCCCGAGGUUUUAGUGAAAUCGUUAUUGAUGGUGAAGUGCAACAGUUUCUAAUGUACGAUUCGGAGAAUCAACUGAUGCCAGGAAGGAUCCUCAUCUUUUCAACCAGAAGCAACCUUCAUCUUUUGGCCCAAAGUCAAGAAUGGUUUGCAGAUGGCACGUUCAGUACCGCACCAGCUAUUUUUGAACAACUUUACACCCUCCACGCCAUCAAAAACAGUGCCGUUGUUCCGCUAGUGUACGCUCUCUUACCGAAUAAAACAAGAGCUACGUAUGUUACAUUUUUACAACAAUUGAAACGUUUGCAACCUGGACUGCAACCAACUCAACUCAUGACGGAUUUCGAACUCGCUGCCAUGCAAGCAUUUGAAUUGGAGUUUCCAGGUAUUUUAAAGACUGGAUGUUUUUUCCAUUUAUCGCAAUCCGUUUGGAGAAAGGUGCAAAGUGAAGGCCUCAAAGCUCGCUACGAGAAUGACCAUGAGUUCGCUCGAUGGAUUAGAAUGAUUCCUGCUUUGGCGUUUGUUCCUGAACAUAACGUAAGCGACUCAUUCACCGAAUUACUUGAAACCGAAGGAUUUCCUGAAGAGGCUGUACCCAUAGCGAAUUAUUUCGAAGACACAUAUAUUGGUCGAAGACUACGUCGUGGGCGUCAAAUUCCACUAUUUCCAACUCAAAUUUGGAAUGUUUAUCAGCGCACUCUUAACGACCAACAUCGCACAAAUAAUCACGUGGAGGGAUGGCACCGCGCUUUUCAAGAAACUUGUGGGUCCCAAUUUCCAAAUAUUUUUCGUUUUAUUGAAUGUUUGCGGAAGCAGCAAGGUAUUCAUAAUUACGAAAUAAUACAAUCCAUUGCAGGAAAUCAAGGAAAUCCAAGAAACAAGAAGUAUGUUGCAAUAUCAGCUCGAAUCAAAAGAAUCGUUGAAGAUUUUGAAGAUCGCCAUCUUACCGAUUAUUUGCAUGGGAUAGCGUACAACUUCGAAUUUUGA